CACUCGCGGCGUGGAAGCGGCGAAGGUUCCUUUAUAAACAAACGUUCCAGGAGAUGGAGGGCGACGGUGCAGCUCAGGUGGUGGAGCAGACGCCUUCCGAGGCGAAGGAGCGGGGGCGCGUACCAGCGGCGGAGGAAGGAGGGCAGCGGGAAGAACUGGAGACGUACCGGAAGCGUCUGUGUUCGGAAUUUGCCUCCAUUAGUAGUAGUGAUACGGCUGUGGCUGAGCGCUGCCUGGCCGAGAAUGGCUGGGAUAUGCAGAAGGCGCUGAAUUCGUACUUUGACCCGCCUCCUGAGCAAGUCGCCAACAGGACGCUCCAGCCGCUUCCAGCCAUGGGGGCUCUUGUUGUGCUAACUGAUGAUUCGACUACCAAUACUGUAGCUGCUGCAGUGGAAAAUGCAAGUGUCUGCCCACAAGAUGACAGCACUUUUUCUUUAAUUACUUGGAAUAUUGAUGGCCUGGAUUCAAAUAAUCUGCAAGAAAGGGCACGGGGAGUCUGUUCCUAUAUAGCUUUAUACAGCCCAGAUGUGGUAUUUUUACAGGAGGUUAUUCCUCCCUAUUUCAAUUACCUCCAGAAGAGAGCGGUCAGUUAUACAAUUAUUCCAGGUAAUAUGGACAAUUAUUUUACUGCCAUCAUGCUAAAAAAAUCAAGAGUAAAGGUUUUAAAACAUGAAAUAACAGCUUUUCCUACAACCUGUAUGAUGAGAAAUUUAUUAGCAGUAUAUGUAACAGUUUCUGGUAAUGACUUGUGCCUUAUGACUUCCCACUUGGAGAGUACUAAGGAUCACAGCGAAGAACGUUUAAAACAAUUGAAAUUGGUGUUUGCCAAAAUGGCAGAGGUACCCGAGUCUAGUACUGUGAUUUUUGGAGGUGAUACAAACUUAAGAGACAAAGAGGUUGCUGAAACAGGUGGCUUACCUAACAAUAUUUUGGAUAUUUGGGAGUUCCUGGGCAAGCCUGAACAUUGCCACUACACGUGGGAUACAAGCCAAAACACUAACUUGAAUGUACACUACAAGUGCAAAACUCGGUUUGAUCGUCUGUUUUUCCGAGGUGCAACAACUGGUGGACAGAUUAUUCCUCAGAGUUUGGAUUUAAUUGGUCUGGAAAAACUAGAUUGUGGCAGAUUUCCUAGUGAUCACUGGGGACUGCAUUGCAAUUUUGAUGUGGUAUUGUAAGAAAGCAUUUUCUAACUUUUUUUUUCAUGUCCUUCAAAAUUUUAAACCAGUUCUAAUCUUAGUUUUGAUUCACAAUCCUAUGAGCUAAUCAACUCAUUUGUUUGGGGAAUUCUUGCUUAGCAAAGAUGAAACAUUCCAUUAAAACAUUAAGGUCUUACACAGUGCAGAAGACUUUUAAGUUAAUUCCAGAGAGAGAGAGAGAGAGAGAUUAUGUUGUAUAUAUUACUCAAAAGUUAGAACGAUUUAUCAAACAUAUCAAAAUUUGUUUUUAAUAAAGAAUCCUUGUGAGUUCA